ACUUUGGCUGCUCUCUCCAUUCUCUUCCUCUUCUUUCUUUUCUCACUGAAGCUUAGAUUUUCCAAGACAAAAUAAAAAUAAUAGGAAAGAAAGAAAGAAAAAAUGUAUGCAGAAACUGGUCUUUUCUUCCCGUAUUUGCAGAACUUCUCUCAAGAGCUUCAACAGCUUGAGGAGUAUUGCAUGAACCAGAAAUCCAUUGAUUCAAUGCCAUCAACACAUGGACUCAUUCAAAGUCACAGCUUUUGGGGGGUGAAGCAUGAUGAUCUUUGAACUAGCACUCAUAGUGACCUUGCUCAAUCUUCAGCAAUGACAGAGUAUGAUCUGUUAGUAGAAGGAGAUUUGUUCAAAGCACCGGAACCUAUCAUAGAAGAACCACUGAUAGAUGUGGAUCCAAUGACUGCAGCAGCCAUCUCAAUGAUAUCUUGCGGGGAAGAUGUAUCCUCACAGGGUCUAGAAUCUCAGGACAUCGACAUUCUUCAGAACGAUAAUCAGCUCUUGAGUGAGGUGUUCUACGAGUGCAAAAAGGAUCUCAUAGAGAAGGCAGCGAUAGAGUCACCGCUGUCUGAUAUAUUGGAAAUCAAUAUUCCUGCUCUGAAUGUAGAUGACAGUUUCACUCAAGAAAAUAAACCAAUUCCUGAUGUGCCAUUGGCCAAGAGUGUCAGUUCUAGAAGCUUGAGUGCAAUGGAUUGGAUGAAUUCUGUUGGCAUGAAGCCUACUUUUCUAGAAUUCCCUGGAAUUGAUUUCAAUGAGGUUUAUGGCAUGCGACGAGCAUUUAGUGAGGGAGAUAUAAAGACACUUGGUAAUGGAAACAUGAAUGUUGCUCAAUCUCCCCAUGAUAGGCCUUCUCUUCUUAGCAACUGCACCAGCGAGGAACGGCAAGAAAAACUCUCGAGAUAUAGAAACAAGAAGACAAAGAGAAAUUUUGGAAGGAAGAUUAAGUAUGCUUGCAGGAAGGCACUCGCCGACAGCCAGCCAAGAAUCCGCGGAAGGUUUGCAAAGACGGAAGAAUCCGACAUAAAGAGGCAAUGAAUCUUAACCCUGAUUUUGAUGGAAGCAAUUAGGAAAAUCAUCAACCAAGCAUCUAUAUCGGAUCAAGAAGAGAAGAGCUUAUUAAUAGAAUAUGUGCGUAUAAUGGUAGACUUAGUGGAGUUUGUAUUAUUAACUUGAACAGAUAUAGAUGGCUGAAUAAGACCGAACCUCCAUAAAACUCCUUAGGGGAAGUUCACUUUCAACUCUCAAUCUACUGUAAUAGCCUUUUUUUUUUUUUACGGAAGUGAUCUUCCUUGUUCAUCUGUAAAUAGGUUUGUUGAAUAAAAGGGAAAAGAGGAGUGUAUCAUGUUCAAUUAUGUAUAAUGAUAUGCCAUUUUUUUUCGUCUA